AUGUUUUCGCUUUUCAUACUUCCUUCACUUUGUGACACAUACGAAACAAAAACAUUCAGCCAAGUCAUUGAUCACAACAAUUCAGACAAGAAAUUCAAUCAAAGAUAUUACGUGAAUACUCAAUACGCAGAGAAGGCUGAUCACCUUAUUUUCUAUCUUGGUGGAUUUACUACCCUUAAUUCUGCUGAAUUAGAAGUCAGCCCUGUCAAUCAAGUUGCUAGUUCUUCUAAAGAUAUAGUUAUUGGUCUUGAAAACAGAUAUUUCGGUGCUUCAGUUCCAACUGAAGAUCUUUCUACCGAAAAUCUUAAAUACAAUACAAUCGAUCAACACUUAGAAGAUAUUAAAGAUUUUGUCCUCGAAAUGAAGAAACAAUACUGCAACGACCCAUCGAAGUGCCGCGUUCUUACUGUAGGCAGAGGUUUUGGAGCAUCUCUUGCCACUUGGGUUCACAUGAAGAAAGGAAAAGAAUUAAAUAUCGUCGGAACAUGGGCUUCAUCAGCUUUCUUGCUUGCUGAUACCGAGUUUUCAGAUUAUGAUCACCAUGAAGCUGUCGUAUUUAACCAUUGGGGCAAUUGCUACGAUACAUUUUGA